CUUCCUAUAAACAGCGUAUGACUGAAAAAAAAAAUUUAUAGACCAUCUGCACUAGCAGAAAAGUGAAGAAUAAUGAGUUUCAAACAGUGGUGUGUGGGACUAAAUGAUGGCCACAUCAUGCCUCUACUGGGCUAUGGCACUGCUCAAAAUCCACAGGUUUCUAAGAGUAAGAUAUUGGAGUCGACUAAAAUAGCAAUAGAUGUUGGGUUCCGCCAUAUUGAUACUGCUUAUGCAUACGAAAAUGAAGAGGAGAUAGGACAGGCUAUUCGAAGUAAGAUUGCAGAUGGUGCUGUGAAGAGAGAAGACAUAUACCUCACUACAAAGCUAUGGUCUACAUUCCAUCAACCAGAACUGGUCCAAGUUUGCUUAGAAAAGUCACUGAAAAAAUUUCAGCUAGAUUAUGUUGAUCUCUAUCUUAUUCAUUACCCAAUUUCAAUUAAGCCAUCAGAAGAGAUAUAUACUAAAGAUGAAAAUGGAAAAAUAUUAUUUGAGACAGUAGAUCUCUGUGCUACAUGGGAGGCCAUGGAGAAGUGUAAGGAUGCAGGACUGGUAAAAUCAAUUGGGGUGUCCAACUUUAAUCGCAGACAGCUGGAGAUGAUUCUUAAUAAGCCAGGGCUGAAGUACAAGCCUGUGUGCAAUCAGGUAGAAUGCCAUCCUUAUCUGAACCAGAGCAAGCUGUUGGAUUUCUGCAAGUCAAGAGAUAUUGUUCUGGUUGCUUAUGCGGCCCUAGGUUCUCAACGUCCAAAACCCUGGGUAGACCAGAAUGCCCCAUUUCUUUUGAAUGAUCCAGUUCUUUGUGCCAUGGCCAAAAAACACAAUCGAAGUCCAGCUCAGAUUGCCCUUUGCUACCAAGUGCAGCGUGGGGUCAUUGCCCUGGCUCAUAGUUAUGAAGAGAAUGAGAUGAAAGAGAACAUACAGGUACUUGAAUUCCAGUUGCCUCCAGAGGAUAUGGAAGUCAUAGAUGGCCUGCACAGAAAUUUUAGAUAUUUUCCUGCGACUAUUGCUGCUGGACAUCCCAAUUUUCCAUUUUUGGAUGAAUAUUAGCAUGAUAGCCUUUGUCAUGACUUCUACAUCAAGCUACUAAGUGUGGAUAAUCAUGUUGUUGAUGAUGAUUGAGGUGAUGCUAAUGAGACACACCACGUCUCAUUGAUCCUUACCACUUAGCAACUCACAGGCUAUUGAAGCCACAUUCACCAACCUGGAAGAAAGACACUAAUGUUUUAAUCACUUGUAAUAAAUGUAAUGUUCUUUUCCCUAAAUAAUUUUCCUGGUACCAUCUUUCUUAACUGUAUGUUGUAUAAAAAUUGAUUUGGAUAAAGUCAGUGGGCAAGAGGAAGAGGCAAUAAUAGUCUAUUUUUGAAUUAAUAGAAAAUUGAUGGAUGGGAGAGAGUAGGGUCAUCUAACUCAAGGAUAGUGACUUUAGAUGGUGCUAGAAAGUCAGUGUUUCUAGCCCAUAGGUUAACAAGUAAGCAGACUAUACACAAUAAACUUUUUUUAGAUCAAAAAGGCAUUCCUAGGAAGAGUAAUCAACAAGGCCUUCUAUCAAUUCACUGAGUCCUAAAAAUGAGUAGUGGAAUAUUUCUGUUUGAAAAUACUUGUAACACUUAUGACAUCAUAGUUGAGUAGAAUCUCAUGUGCCCACUAUAAAUUAAAGUUACAGAAUGAGAUUAAUAAAAUCUUAGCCUAAAUUCAAACUCAGACACAUCAAGAAUCCAUUUGAUAUUUGCUAAUUAACAUUAUUCAGGCUCUUUUAAGAAGUUGUGUCCAAAGCAAUGAAAGAAUCAGCAAGGGAAAUAAACAGACUCUUGCAGCACCCAUUGCAAUUCACUGAAAUCUGAGCCUGUAUGAACUCAAACCAGUUCUGUCUGAGGUGAGAGACUUGUGAUCCCAACACAGUAUCUUCUGUAUCUCACAGAAACCUUUGUUUUCUCUUACUUAGACUUCUACCGAAAGCUAGAGACCUGAAACCACAGCUUUGUUAUGAAGUGAAUCAAGUUGGACAAGCCAAUGAGAGGUUAGAGUACGAUAGUGUUUGGUUCUCCCCUGCGUCUCUAUCCAGGCAGUGUAGGGCAUGGCCUCCCUCUUGUAUGUGGACCUCCUCUUAAAACAGACAUUGGUUGGCUACUCCUACAAGUUCUGUGCCAACAUUGAUACCCUAACACCUCUUACAGGCAGGAGAGAUUGUAAGUUAAGGGUUUUAUGAUAAAUCUGGAGUCCAUGAUUUUAUUUAUAGUAUGUAGAGUAUUGUUUCAUGCUAUAGAGAUUAGAAUUUAAAAGUAAAGGCUCCAUGAGGGUACAAACUCGAUCUUUCUACAUUCAGUGAGCUGUAUAGAUGUUGUUCUUAGCAAUAGGGUCCUGUUGUCAAAGAAGACUUUUAAAAAAUACCAAAAAACCCCCACAAAAACAAAGCACAAAGGUUGAAUUCCUAAUAUUACAAGUUUCAGGACAAAACACAGUAGCAUAAAAAUCCAAGAUAAUUUUACAGGUGAUUAUAGGUAAGAGAUUGAGAUGAAUCUCAGAAGAGAUUUUGGAUUUUGAAACAAGCUUCAGACUGCUAUAGACUAUGGGGAAUUUUAAAGUUGGACUGAUAGCAUUUUUUGCAUUAUGAUAUGGCUAGAAUUUUGGGGACCAGGAAAUGGAAUAUAGUGGUUUGAAAGAAAAUGGCUCCUAAAGGAAGUGUCACCACUAAGGGAUAUGACUUUGUUGGAGUAGGUAUUGCCUCAUUAAAGCUAAUGUUUCAUUGUGA